AUGUCCUCUAAAAUUCUAUCUCAAUCCCCAACUGAACUGGAGCUACAGUUUUCAAAGGCCUUCGUCGACUUGGAGAACUCUUCUGCCGACCUAAAGGCUGAACUAAGACCACUACAAUUCAAAUCCGUCAGAGAAAUUGAAGUCUCUGGUGGUAAGAAAGCUUUGGUUGUCUUCGUUCCAGUUCCAUCUCUAGCUGGUUACCACAAGGUCCAGGCUAAGUUGACCCGUGAGUUGGAAAAGAAAUUCCCAGACCGUCAUGUCAUCUUCUUGGCCGAGAGAAGAAUUUUGCCAAAGCCAGCCAGAGGUUCCAGACAGAACCAGAAGAGACCAAGAUCCAGAACUUUGACUGCUGUCCACGACAAAGUCUUGGAGGACAUGGUCUUCCCAACCGAAAUUGUCGGCAAGAGAGUCAGAUACUUGGUUGGUGGUAACAAGAUCCAAAAGGUCCUAUUGGACUCCAAAGAUAUCCAACAAAUCGAUUACAAAUUGGAAUCCUUCCAAGCCGUCUACAACAAGUUGACUGGUAAGCAGAUUGUUUUCGAAAUCCCAUCCGAAACUCAUUAA